AUGCAGCCACACCCCUUGCUCAUCCUGGCACUCGUCACCACCUGCCUUGCUGUUUGGCCGCAACCUGCUGAGAUCCAGACCAGUGAUCGAGUAUUGUGGCUUGAUUCAGCCAUUCGUGCAACUCUUCGCUGUGAAGAGCAAACUUUUGAACUCUAUGGCCCUUCUGGCUUACAGACCGGCCCUUUAGCCGGUGUGCUCAAUGGCGCGUUCGAGUUCACACAGGGUCUAAUGGAUAAGCUCCAAUUUCCCUUUGUGCACAGAAACAACAGCGGCGAGCCUGUGUUCUCUGAGAGGUCAAUUGUGCAGAAUAGCGUACGCGAGACGAUUCGAUCGAUUCAGCGGUCCAAGUUUGUCCCCUGGAAGCUUUACAAGCGACAUUCCGCUUUCGAACCAGAUCCACAAGCUCCUCGUCAUUACAUUUCCACAUUGGAUAUCCAGCAAGGUGCCUGUCCAAAAGCAGAACCACUCGUUCCGCAAAGCUAUUUUGGGGAUGAUGAAUCCUAUGCGAUUGAUAUUGACGACCACGGCAUUGCUUCCAUCAAGUCCAACUGCAGUAUAGGGACGAUUAGAGCCCUGCAAUCCCUUGAGCAGCUGUUUUUUGCCCACUCGACAGGAUCGGGGUCCUACACACCAUUUGCACCAUUGUGCAUAGCGGAUAGAGCUAGAUGGCACCACCGUGGGUUGAGUAUCGACAUAGCCAGAAAUCCUUUUGAUUCAAAGGACCUGACACGCACAAUUGAUGCUAUGGCAAUGGCUAAGUUGAACAGACUGCACAUCCAUGCGACUGAUUCGCAAAGCUGGCCCCUCGAAAUACUUCCUUUGCCAGACCUGGCCCGAAAAGGGGCGUAUCAGCCUCAUCAUGUUUGGGGUACUGACGUCCUUCGUGAGAUUCAGAUGUAUGGUGCUACGAAAGGUGUUUCGGUCUUCAUCGAAAUUGAUAUGCCCGGGCACACAGCCUCUGUAGCAUAUGCGUUUCCAGACUUGAUUGCAGCAUUCAAUGAACUGGAUUGGUCAACCUUUGCUGCGGAGCCUUUGAGUGGCCAGCUUAAGCUCAAUUCUUCGGCUGUGCACGAAUUCGUGACCACUGUCCUUGACGACCUCUUGCCGCGAACACGACCUUACACCUCUUUGUAUCACGUUGGUGGCGAUGAGUUGAAUCUGGCGGCGUAUCUCCUUGACGACACGGUGAAGAGUGACGACCCGCAAGUGUUACAGCCGUUGCUGCAGAGAUUCAUUGACAAUGUCAUCGAGGCAUGCAUUCGCCAUGGACUUCAGCCAAUUGUCUGGGAAGAGAUGCUUCUUGACUGGAACUUGACACUACCUUCUGUGUUGAAUAAUGCUCCGUCGAGGCAAACCUUGGUUCAAGUCUGGCGGAAUAGCGAGCGGAUUGAAGAAGUGUUGAAACGAGGCCAUCGGGUAAUAUUUGGAGACUACCAUUACUGGUAUCUCGACUGUGGCUUUGGCGUCUUCCUCGAUCCUUAUCCCUCUGGCAAGUCGCCUCCUGGAGUCCCCUACAACACAUCGGGCGGAUACCCUAGCAGAUUGAGAAAGCCAUACCUUGACUAUUGCAAUCCCUACCACAACUGGCGGCAGAUGUAUACCUACAAUCCACUGGCGAACAUUAGCACCCACCUCCAGGAGGGCAUUGAAGGAGGUGAAGUCUUGAUGUGGUCCGAACAGACUGACUCGAACGACCUUGAUUCAAAGUUGUGGCCCCGAGUUGCCGCAGCCGCAGAAGUACUGUGGGCGGGAGUUAGAGAAGAAUCGAUGCUUGAGGACGCCACCAAGAGACUGGGAGAGUGGAGGGAACGAGGGGUCAUAGAUCUGGGGCUCCGCAUGUCUCCAGUCACCAUGACAUGGUGUUUAAUGGAAGGUGGAUGCAACCUAUAG